GGAUGAAUCUGGUCUUUUUGAAAUAGAUAUUGAUGGGGACAGUGUGGUUUCACAACUUUACCAUGUCCCUAAGUCGAAUUAUGUCCACAAACUGGAUGAUAUUGGAUCAAGACCCACACCACUUCAGACCAGCGAAGCUUACCUACAAAAUCAUUAUGAAAAUAAAACUGGUUUUUCCCCAUGACUUCCUGAAAGAAUACCAAAACCUUGAGGUAGUGGACGAUUUUUCCACUAUAUCAGACACAACAUUAAAAGAAUACCAAAUUCUUCAAGCACCGAUUGAUUGUCUAAAUCAGCCAGAAACAGCAGAGGAUGUUCCUUACCUUCCCAUAUUACUGACCCCAGAAGUGACAAUUCAGGCCAAGGAAUCCAUCAAGAAGAAAAACACACCAUACUUGCUGAAGGAAGACUUGAUAACAACAAAGCCCAUGACUCCUGUGUCAUUUGUUGUGUCAGGAGCAAAGCCAGGACAGUUCAUAGAAGUUUCAAUGCGAUACAGUGAGAAUCCCAACCAGAACAAACCGGUGACUGUUUGCAAACUACAUCAGGAUUGUGAAAUUUGCAAGAACAAUCAGAGGGACCACCCAAAGAAUUUCAACUUCUGCAUCUACCAGCCUGAAAAAUUCUCCUGUCAAUACCUUCUAAUGGAUGGACACCCAACUGCAGUGCUUACUUUAACACAUGAUGUCAUUUCUGAAGAUGGAAAAGUCUUAUUUGAUAUUAUAUUUCCCUGCUUGAACUCGUGCAACAUACACAGGAGUUAUGGGAAAAAACUAGACUUGAUCCUGACAAUUUUUGAUAGUUUUCAAUAAAAAAUGAAGAUCAUCAGAAGCAAGUGGUGUCCAUGAUUAAAGACCUUGAUGGAGAAGUCUUCUCUUUUGAUGACCCAGGAAUGACAUUGGUGUGAUUUGAAGCUGUGACUGGAAAAGUAUAUGCAACCUGUGACUAGAAGGUCGUAACACAAUAUUUACUGUAAGCUGUCAAAAUGUAUGAAGCAAAUAUAUUGUUUCCUCAGCGAGGCAAUGAA